GAGUGUAAACAAGGUACAAAUGAAUUAUAGCAAAAAUCCAAAGUAGUUCACAGCCAAUUUCUCUCUUGUCGCCUUCGUAGAUUAGAGCAGUUGGGAGAUUUUUAUACUUCCUCCCAAACCUCGCUCUUUCAAAAUUCUAGCCAAAUUUUCUCUGAAAAUUGUACAUGAUCAUACAACUUUGAAUACGGAUUCGAAAAUGGCGAAACUUACAUGGAGAUCGAUCAUCCCGAGUUGUUCAAGGGGUGUUUACCAUGAGAAACUGGCGGCGAAGAAGCCCAAGAAGGAGGUGAAAAAGCAGAGUUCGUUCAGCCGGCUAGCAAUGUUGGAUCUGAGCAACCCGAGCACAAUUAUGUCAGAGGAUCUCUCGAUCUCACUUGCCGGGUCAAACCUCCACGUCUUUACGCUGGUGGAGCUUAGGGUGAUAACCCAGAAUUACUCGUCCAGUAAUGUCCUCGGCGAAGGAGGGUUUGGUAGAGUGCACAAGGGGUUCAUUGAUGACAAGCUCCGGCCAGGGUUGCCGGCUCAGCCGGUGGCUGUUAAGGUCUUGGAUUUGGAAGGAUUGCAAGGACACAGGGAAUGGCUGACUGUACUGAUUUUUCUCGGGCAAUUGCGGCAUCCUCACCUGGUGAAAUUGAUUGGAUAUUGCUGUGAAGCCGAACAUAGAGUUCUGGUAUAUGAAUAUAUGCCCAAAGGAAGUUUGGAGAAUCAGCUUUUCAGAAGGUAUGCAGUGACACUGCCGUGGACAACAAGAAUGAAAAUCGCAUUCGGAGUAGCAAAAGGCCUGGAGUUUCUACAUGAAUCAGAAAACCCUGUCAUAUACCGGGAUUUUAAGGCUUCAAAUAUCCUGUUAGACUCUGAUUACACAGCAAAACUAUCAGAUUUCGGUCUAGCAAAAGACGGUCCAGAAGGAGAUGACACACAUGUUUCUACUCGAGUUAUGGGUACAGAGGGUUACGCUGCUCCAGAGUACAUCAUGACUGGGCAUUUGACGACUAUGAGUGAUGUGUAUAGUUUUGGAGUGGUGCUUUUGGAGCUUCUAACAGGAAGGAGGUCGGUGGAGAAGAAGCGUCCUCAGAAAGAACAGAACCUGGUAGAGUGGACAAGGCCAAUGCUAAAUGAUCCCCGGAAACUACAGCGGAUAAUGGAUCCUAGACUUGAAGGGCAGUACUCUGAAUCAGGGGCACGAAAGGCAGCGGCACUGGCUUACCGAUGCGUGAGUCACAGGGCUAAGCACAGACCUACAAUGAGUACUGUGGUGAAGAUACUGGAGCCCCUCCAGGAAUGUGAUGACAUUCCCAUUGGAACAUUUGUCUAUGUAGUUCCCAUGGAGAGUGACAUCAAGAAGGAGAAUGAAGGGGAAUGUGAAACUAGAAGGAAGUGAAAAAGGAGACCAGCCACCACAGCCAUCACCGCCAGAAAUCACCAGGGUCUCCACCUCAGAACGGGUUGAACUCUCUAUUGCAGCACAAAGACAAGGGAGCAUAGAGUACUUAGUAAAACAUAGUACUUCAGCCAGAAACUGCAAGUCCCAGAUUGUAAAUAGGCAUCGAUUAUAUAUUGAUUGCAA